AUGGGGCAGAUCCUGUCCUUACCAUUCAAGCUGUGCAGGCAUACCGCGACCUUCUAUCGCGGCUUUGUGCAUUACUGGAUUGGACAGGGCCGAAAUUCUCCUUACCAAACGCCCGAGCAGUGCACCUUUGCGCCCCUGCGCGAAACACCGACGGACUCGCCGACGCAAAAGCUCUUUAAGCAGCAUGCUCGAGUACAUCUUUACAGCCUCGCGUCCAACUUUUACCUCUAUCACAAACCGCACUAUCGAAAAGGCUCGUAUCGGGAUGAUUUGAUCGACAAUCUACGCAACGUGGCCAUUCCAGGCACGGGCAUCCCCUUGUCACUCAUGGCCUCGACCCGUCUUACAGCCCUGGGUUUCUUGUUCUCGGCUUAUCCUACGGUCAGUCUGGUUGCCGCUGUGCAUCAGUGGAUAAAAACUCGUGGGAAGACUAGCAUUUCAGAGGAAUACGCCACCCGCUUGUUGGCCCCGAAUGAUUGGUUCUCCUACUGGCGCUUGAAUUGCAACAUUGUUGGUCUCCAUUCCGUUCUCAACGAUAUGCCGGUCGAUUACGAAAUGGAAAACAAAUGGACCUUUCUAGAAAAUGGUAAAAAGCGGGGUGUUCCUAUUUCACCCUACCUAACCACACCCGGUAUUGUCGUCAAGCAUCGCAACGAAGAAGGCGGGCUCGGCAUUCAUUUCUAUAGAAAUGCCGUCGACGGUGGGGACUGGAUUAUUCAGGAGCGCAUCCAAAAUUCCGACUGGGUGCAGUCGAUGCUUCCCGCCAAGGCGCCGUUGUCCACUUUUCGUGUCAUCACUUGCAGUGCAGCGUAUAAUGUAUCCGAAGCACCUAACCGCGCUGACGUGAAAGCUCUUUCCUGCGUAUUCCGUGCAGGCCGAGCUGGUGCCGCCACCGAUCACGAUUCCAUCUUGUUUGACGUCGAUGUCAAAACUGGAACCAUAAAGGGAGGGACGACCAACGCGCACUGGUACCGACUCGGUUUGCACGAAGCCCUACCGGGACGUUGUCCUUGGCGAUCACACCAUGAUUACAGCCUUCACCCGGAUGGUGACAUUCCCGUGACGGGCAACCAAGUUCCUGAUAUUGCCCAAAUGCUCCAGUUGGUUGAGCAAUCCCAUUUCGACAUGUGCCCACGGGUACCCAUGGCUGGCUGGGAUGUCGUCUUUUCGGCUGAUCCCGAGGUACCAAUUUGCCUGCUCGAGGUUAACUUGAGUUGUAAUUUUUUUCGGGGCUCGUUCGAUCAAAAGGUAUUGUCUCGGUUUUAUGUUUGA